CUCGGACUUCGAUGCAGGUCUCGCCUCCACCUUCAACCGCAGUCACGUUCCGUUUCAGUCUAUCCAUCAAAUGCCUUGAGACCAUCUUUCUUUGGUGAUUGAGGCCUUUUCACUACGGUCGUGUAACCGUGUUCCCCCCCUCCCCCUCCCCUCCCGGCGUCCUGAGAUGCAUCGAUUCCGAGUCAAUGUGGGCAGAUUUUGAUUUUGAUUUCGAGGUUUUGUCGUUUUCGACUUGGUCCUCCUGUUGGGUAGGAUUCUUCCUUUUUUCGUCCUCAAUGGUCUCCCGCCCAAAACUUCACAAUUACUCCAUCCGCAAUUCUCUUCUUCUCGAGCCCUUUCCCCGCUUCAGCAUCGCAAAAAACCGAGAAGAGAACCACCAAAACCACGCAUGAACGAUGGCGACACCAACGGCUACAUCAGUCACGAUGUCACCUCCUUAUAUGCUGCGCCUGCCUGACGGCCAGAACUUUACAGUGACCCCCGUUUUCGCCGGCUUAUUCUUCAAAUCUCACAAGCUCAAUACUCAUCCAAAUGCUUUCCCCAUCGGCUGGACCGUCGUGCUCAACACCGAAGAAGGGAACCGAGACGAUUCCGUGGAUGCUGCUUCUCACCAUCCAGGUACCGGCGAAGCUCAGGAUCGCAGCCAAGAAGAAAACCAAACGCGUCCCCAUCGCCGACGCAUCAACCCUUAUAAGAAACCGACGCUCCAGAACGACAACCUCUUCAUCUCCACCACAUCUACGCCUUCCAACUCCGAGUACAGGCCUGCUGCCAGCCCCAGCCGGCAGAUCGCCAUGAUGCUAUGGAUCACCCUUUACUGGUACUUCCAUCAGCCAGAGCCUGCCCCGUACCUGACCACCGAGACCUCCAAGAACACUCCGGAGAAUGCCCGCCCCAAGGGGGAGUGGCGCAUCAACAUCAAGCGCGAGGGCGUCCUGCGUGGCCGUAACCUCAUCCCCAAGCUCGAACGGAUGGGCCUCGUAGCCAGCUUCCAUUCGGCCGUCGGCACCUCCGUCGACGACUCGGGCCGCGAAUGGUCUCGCAUCUUCGUCUCCCGUCGCAUGUUCUGGCAAGUCCCGGGCCGUCUCUUCCUCUUCAGCCUCAAGCGCAACUCGAACUCCUCUUUCCCCGGCUCCCCGCCAGGUAGCCGUCCGGUGUCGCCCAGCCGGAAUGACCCUAUCCGCCCGGUUUCCUACCACCCGAGCCGCUCGUCCUCUCCAGCGGCCAUCUCCGCCGCGACCAGUGCCGACCUUGACGUCUACGGCGCCUGGGCUCCAGCUCCCACCGUCUUGUUACAGUCCCUGACCAUCCCCACCGGGCCCUUCGACUCCACCUCUCACCUACCGACUUACUACCCGCCGGGCCCUCUGGUCUAUACCAUGACCGGAGGCAUCCGCCACCCCCUUCGGCCGAAGCCUCCUCGCAUGGGCGAGGUCUUCUACACCCGUUUUGUCCCCAGCGCCGGCCAGUACCUCUCCUUCCGCGUCGCCUCCGUCGCCCCUCAGCCCGUCCCGUACCUCGGUCCCGUGGGACCCUCGCCGCCCGAGAAACUACACUCGGCCACGCUGUCCGACACGUCGCUCUUGCAAGCCUGGAUGUCCAUCCCACGCGUCUCGGCGUUUUGGGGCUCCUACCACCCCCAAUUCCUCGCCGAUGCGCUCGACAGCCAACACUCCUUCCCCGCCAUCGGCAUGUGGGACGGCGUGCCGUUCGGCUACUUCGAAAUCUACUGGGUCAAAGAGGACGUCCUGGGCCGCCACUUGGGAGGCGGCUCGGUCGGCGACUGGGACCGCGGCAUCCACUUCUUCGUCGGGGAGGAGUGGGCUCGGGGCCGGCCCGCCGCCUGGACCUCGAGUCUGGUGCACUGGUGCUUUACUACCGAUUACCGGACCAUGAACGUGUGCGCUGAGCCGAGGAUAGAUAACACGAGGGGGGAAUAAACAGAUGUGUUCAUGUGUUAGAGCAAGCCGGGUUCGCAAAGGAACGCGAGAUUUCCCUUCCACACAAGC